AUGGACCCGCUUGAUCGGACGAUUCUCUCGGUGCAGUCACAUGUAACUCAUGGCUACGUGGGGGGAAGAGCUGCAACCUUCCCCCUACAGCUACUUGGAUGGGAUGUGGAUGUCUUGAAUACUGUAAAUUUCUCAAAUCAUUCCGGAUAUCGGCGGCGCCCAGGCGAGGGUGCGAGGACCACUGGCAAAGAGCUUGAUGCAAUCGUCCAUGGAUUAGAGAUGAACGACUUGCUGCAUCCAGCCCGACUCUUGACUGGCUACAUUCCCAAUGCGGAUUGCCUUUCUGCGGUGGUACGCCUGGUCGAGAAGCUCAGAACCAGGAAUCCCAAGCUUAUUUACCUACUAGACCCGGUCCUUGGCGAUAAUAAUCGGCUUUAUGUCUCGCCAGAUGUCGUUCCGUUGUACCGGAAUCUACUUUGUACGGCGACAAUCAUCACGCCCAACUGGUUCGAAGUCGAGACACUGGUCGGCUUUCCCUUGAGCUCCAUGGAGGCACUUCGCAAUGCACUACACACACUCCACGGGCAAUAUGGGGUGCCACACGUGGUCAUCUCUUCCAUCCCAAUAACCGCGGAACGAGCAGCGUGGCUGCCAGAUUCCGGAGACUAUUUGGAUCCACCUGAAAACGAUCUUCGGUACGCCAGCGAGGACCUGCUCUGUGUGGCUUCCAUUGUCAGCGAUGGACACUCUACUUCUACAGUUUACACUGCUCGGAUUCGUCAAGUCGCUGGCUAUCUUUCAGGCGUUGGAGACCUGUUCUCUGCAUUGGUCCUCGGUUACUACGACCCGCACACUUCACAAACAGCACUAUGUGAUGCCGUGGUAAAGGCGAUACGAACUACACAUGCGCUUGUGAGACGGACCAUGCAAACGUCGAAACGAGCAUCCGGGGCAGACGUAGAUGGUUACACUGACGAGGAGCUGGACUCGAAAGAUGAAGACCGACGAGCGAGGCGCAUGAAGGCUCGAGAGUUGCGGAUUAUUGGCAAUAAUGAGCUGAUCCUCUCGGCGGGGGGAUCACAGCGGCAAUUCGGGCCAGAGAUGCAACACUGGGAAGCAUUCUGGGUGAACGGUUAG